UGUACUAAAGUCAGACAAUAAUCUCAAAAAAAGUGAAAUGCGAGCCCUAUCUUAUGAUUAUUAAAUAUAUAUGGAGACGAAUCCUAUCUUUUUGUAAUAUUGAUUGUAAUCAAUAUUAUAACCUUAAUGACAUUGGGUGAUACUUCAACAUAAUUAUAUAAAGAAACACGGUACAGAAAGUGACAAGAUAUUUUAAUGGUAUUUUGAAAAUUCCUUGAAAUUCUAAGGCAGAUGAGAAUGAACAAGAAAAUAAAUAAAACGAACUUGAUCUUCUUGAUAACCACCAUAAUUAUUCUGAAAAUUAUCUAUACUCGUAUAGCGAAAUUAAACGUUCAAACAGCAUGGCAGUACAUUGAAAUUGAUGAUGGUCUGGCACCUAUAGAAAAUCACAGAUAUUUUACCACACGCGACAUGAGACAUAUUUACUUCCACCACACCUCAGAUUUGGAUGCGUACCAAAUGUGUGUCGUUGAAUCGGCCGCUCGAACGCAUUAUGAUUGGCAAAUCAACGUAAUUUUCUCAGGCCUCGUAAAUAGCAUUGAAAGAUUGAAAAAACAUUUCCUGCGAUUUGGAAAUGUUAAAUUUUGGCGAAUGCGUAUAGACAAGUAUUUGCACAACACUUCUUUGGAGCAUUUAGUUGAUGAAAGAAUUUUGCAAACUUCGCAGUAUUUGUUUACGCAGACACGAGAAGUGGUGAGAUACGUAACGUUAUACAAAUGGGAUGGCGUGUACCUAGACCUAAACAUGUUAAUAGUGAAAUCUUUGAAUGAUCUGCCUAUGAAUUUUGCAACGAGGAAAAUUUACCCUUCUGUAUCAGAUGGAAUUCUGAGAUUCUCGAAUGAUAAAGUUGGGAGACAUGUCGCUGACGCAGCUAUGAGAGAUGUAGCCAAUACUUUUAAUACAACUGUAAAUCUAAAUAACGGCACAGGAACAAUGACUAGAGUAUUAACUGAGCGAUGUAAACUUUUCGAUAACACUCUGGGUUCAGUUUAUUCAUGUAAUGGUUUUUAUGUAUUUGCACCCAAUUACUUUUGCACAAUCACAUGGAGACUUGGUGCCAAAUUUUCUUUGCCUAGUUAUAUUCUGAACAAUUUCUCAUACGGAUACCACUUAGGCGAUGACACUAACUUUCGUGAGCUCUCACUGGCUACGAAGACUGCAAUUUACAAUAUUUUAGCUAGAUUAUAUUGUCCUUAUACGUAUCAAAUAUUCAAAGAAGAUUUUUUGUAUCCUUACUAUUGAACAUUUGUAAGAUUUUCCGCAGGUUUUGGUCCCAAGCA